CUACUAUGGAGCAAGUGAAGGAAGAGGAGAGAAGAAGGCAGAAGACUACGGGGAGAUGUACUGGCUGCAGCUUUUUAUGUGCCGUGUGCAGGAUCGUAUGCUACACUUGCAUUCGGCGGUCGUGUCAGUGCUGUUUCAGCCCUGCUCCUCGGGCGAGGACAGAGAUAAGUAUCCUCGUCCUGGGCCUGCAGGGAGCAGGCAAGACCACUCUACUGUCAGCCGUGGCAGGAGAACUAACUACGCAUGAUGAAGAGCCUGCACCAACCAUGGGGUUUGCGUUCAAGACGGUGAACGUUCAGGAUCACCUGACACUCAAUUUCCAAGAGCUGGGCGGCAGUGAGCAGAUUAGAAUGUAUUGGGACAGAUACUAUGCCUGCAAGCACCUUGUCGUGUAUGUAGUGGACAGCAGUUGCAGUGAGGAGGUGAUGAGGGAGAGUGGAGAGGCGCUCGCUCGCUGCCUCUCCUCCCCAUCUCUCACUGGACUACCCCUGCUACUGGUCUGCAGCAAACAAGAGGUCCCCUCUGCCAUAUCCCCAGCCAAGAUCAGAGAGCGUCUGGGGCUAGGAGAAGUUGAACGUGAGAGGAAAGUGGCAGUCAUCAGUACUUCCAACAGAGGACACCAAACAGCAAGAGAGAGUGUAACAAAAACUAUUCUACAACUAUUGGACGCACAGACAGAACUACUACAAAAUAUUUAGCAGCACACCGCCCCUUAUUUUUAUCUUCUCGUACG